AAGUAAAAUUAAAAAUACAAGAGCAACUAAAUAAGGACCAUUGAAAGAAUCGUUUGUGAAAAAGAAAGACAAUGGCAUUGAUUCUUGACAAAACCUUAUCCCAAAAACAAACCCAGCCACCGACGCCUAUUCCACUUGAGAAACCGGUAAAGCUUGAUGAUUUUUGCCUUUCUUUUCCUGUUAAAAACCAGAUUUGGAGCUUAGAAAUUCUCCCCCCUUGCUGGAAAAUCCGGAUCUGCUUUGCUCUGUCCGCCGGCUGCUCUUGUUGUGGGGGCGAAAUUCUUCAAAUUCCGACCCGUGAGCUUCCCUGCAGCUUGCCGCCGGCCUCUUCUUCUCCCUGCCAGCUCCGGUUUUGCUUGUUAAAUUGUGGAAGUGAAACUGAGGAUGGGGAAACCACGGGAAGUGACAAGUUAGAAGGCUAGCCAUUUUGAGAUUGAUAUAGAUUUUAAAUAUAAAUCCUGAUCUUGUAAACUAGAAUGUAUUUGGAGAUUUUAUAAUAUCAAAGCAGAUUUUAAGAUUUUAUCUUUAGAUUUUGAUGGUAUCAGAUUAUGAUAUGAU